GCAGCAGCAGCAGCAUGGUUUCAGACUUUUGUUGAAAAGGCCACGCCUCUGGUUUGCUGCAGCUCGGUGUGCAGUGUGACAGCCGCUUGCCUGAAUUUAUUUCAGUCGGAGACGAGAGAGAGAGAGAAAUUAGGAAGGAAGAAAUAAGGCGGAUACCGGUGCCCUCUCUCCCAUGCAGUUUUGAAGAAGACGCCCCCUCCCUGCACCUGUUCUGCUUCGUCUUGUCUCGCAAGAGUUGAGCCUCUUGCGAGUGAGCGGACGUCUCAUUGUUAGAUAGACGUUGUUUUGAGCAUGACUUCGGCGUACAACCUGGAUUUCCACCCUCUCACCGAAAGUCGGUUAAUGACUUCGAGCGACACAAUCAACGGCAACGGCAGCAAGAUGAACGGAUCGUUGGAGCACUUGGACCAGCCAGACCCAGACUCUAUCAAGAUGUUUGUGGGCCAGAUCCCGCGGUCCUGGUCAGAAACAGAACUUAAAGAGCUUUUUGAGCCCUUCGGAGCUGUGCACCAGAUCAACAUCCUCCGUGAUCGCACCCAGAACCCCCCUCAGAGCAAAGGAUGCUGUUUUGUAACUUUUUAUACAAGAAAAGCUGCACUGGAGGCCCAGAAUGCACUGCACAACAUAAAGACUUUAAGUGGGAUGCAUCAUCCUAUCCAGAUGAAACCCGCUGACAGUGAGAAAACAAGUGCGGUAGAAGACAGAAAACUCUUCAUCGGCAUGGUUUCAAAGAAAUAUGGCGAGAACGAGAUCAGAAUGAUGUUCUCGUCUUUCGGACAGAUCGAAGAGUGUCGGAUUCUCCGGGGACCAGAUGGUCAGAGCAGAGGCUGUGCGUUUGUCACAUUUGCUACCAGGGCAAUGGCACAGAAUGCAAUCAAAACCAUGCAUCACUCUCAGACUAUGGAGGGCUGUUCCUCACCUUUGGUGGUGAAGUUUGCCGACACACAGAGAGAUAAGGAGCAGCGGCGCCUGCAGCAGCAGCUAGUACAGCAGAUCCAGCAGCUCAACAGCGCCUCCACCUGGGGAAACCUGGCCGGCCUGGGGAGCCUCACACCACAGUACCUGGCACUGCUCCAGCAGGCCACGUCUACCAGUAACCAAGGCAGUUUCAAUAAUAUGCAGAGGCUAGGAGCAGGUGUAAACCCCCUUCAGCUGCAGAACUUGGCCACAUUAGCUGCCGCUGCCGCGGCAGCCCAGAGUUCUGGCAGCCCAACCUCCACCAGCGCCCUGUCUGCAAACAGUGCAGCCCUGGGAGCCCUGGCCAGUCCAGCCGGCUCUACUGCAGCGUCCAGUGCGGGUGCUGCCAUGAACACCUUGGCAUCUCUUGGAACCCUGCAGGGUCUUGCUGGGACCUCUGUGGGCCUCAACCUCAACGCUCUCACCAACAGCGUCAGUGGUAUGGGGGGCAUGAAUGGAGGACUUGGAGCCUCCAUGGCCAACGGGUCAGCAGCCAGCUCCAUGGACGCUCUGACCCAGGCCUACUCAGGGAUGCAGCAGUACACAGCCUCAGCCCUGCCCUCCCUCUACGGCCAGUCUCUCCUGCAGCAGAGCAUGGCAGGCAGCCAGAAGGAAGGGCCAGAGGGCGCCAACCUGUUCAUCUACCACCUGCCCCAGGAGUUUGGGGACCAGGAUCUUCUUCAGAUGUUUAUGCCUUUUGGAAAUGUGGUCUCUGCCAAAGUCUUCAUUGACAAACAGACCAAUCUGAGCAAGUGCUUUGGGUUCGUCAGCUAUGACAAUCCUGUGUCUGCGCAAGCUGCCAUCCAGGCCAUGAAUGGUUUCCAGAUCGGAAUGAAGAGGCUGAAGGUCCAGCUGAAGCGCUCCAAGAACGACAGCAAACCCUACUGAUCCUAGCCCCGGGGCCUUCCCCCCCUCCCCAGCUCUAAUGCUAGCACUGCUAGGAACAAAUCUCCAUGCCUGUUUGCUCAUCAUUAGCCUAGCAUGUCUUCAUGAUGUUGAAAGCCAAGCCAAACUCCUGGCCUCAUCAUCCCACCAUUGUCUGUGAUGUCUCUCUAAGCUCGCCUGACCAAUACCUGGCCACCCACUGACCCCUGACCUUAGCUCAACCUGAUUUUUCUGCAUGUGUAUUCAUUUUGUUUUUGGGUUUUUUUCUGUAUAGAAAUGUGACAGGUGGGAGAGAGGUCAAGCAAAUCAAUGUGAAAACUUACCUGCGUUGAAUUCAUUUAAGAGACCUUUUUUUUUUCCUUUUUUUUUUUUGCGAAUGUUUUAAAAACCUGUGGGAUUUCUAAUUUUUUAUUUAGCUUUUUUUAUGUUUCUUUCUUUUUACCUCUCUCAGUAAAGUUCACUUGAAAGUUGAAUACAGGGAUUGGCACACAGCUGUGCUAUUUGGUGCCAUUAGCAAUAUGUUGGCUUCUUAAAAAAAUGCUACAGACCACUUUCCAACACUUUUAAAAGUCUGACCAGUAAAACCCCUCUCAGUGCUCUGUAAUGAUUUCUACAUUUUGCGGGCAGUGUGAAGAUUUACACCAAGGCUAUUUAAAACUAUAUUUUCUUUUCAUUUACAAAAAAAAUAUCCAGUGUAUUUACCUUUUUUUGAACUAAUGAUGGCACAAUAAAAAGGUACAUUUGCUCUGUUUAGAGAAAUGACUACCUACAUGAGUCAACUUUUUUAGAACUGAUUCACAAAUAGACAAUCUGUGGUUUAAAUGCACACUUAGAUUACCUAUAUUUUAUACCAUUGAAUCUAUAGAAGUUUAACUAACAGAACCCAGGCAAAACUUUGGGUUUUUUGUAGAUUAUGUUGUAAUGUCAUCUGUGUCGGGGGGGUCUUCAGUGUAUUACAUUUUUAAAGAGGACUAAAAAUCAGUUUGAUCAGCGUGACAGUUUGAGGGUCAUUUCUAGUAAAUUAAAAACACUUUAAGUCAAAAAAUUCCUCUGCAUUAAUUGUAAUUUCUGCGGAAAAGUACUUUUUUUUUUCCUUGAGGGUCACAGUAUGUAGACUUUUUUUUUUUUUCUCCUGCGUUCAAGAUAAAGUUAGUGUUCAACUUCCACGGUACGUCUUGUUGACUUUCUGUGAAUUUUUUCAUUAAUUAAUUGAUGGAUGUUUCACUUUGGUUUAGUUUGGAUGCCUCAUAUUGGUGAAAGAUGGUGAUUUACAAUGUCUGUUAAUCAUACAGAUGCCAGACAAUGUCUUUUUGUUUUAAGUUGUUGUUAAAGUGCCCAUGUGUCAAACUCAGUGUUUUUGAAUUCACACAUUUUUUCCUGUAAUAUUACCUAGUUUUCUUUACACACACAUGUACACAAACACAAAACACUUUCUGUGGUUGCAAAAUGUGGGAGCCCCUGAAGAAGAGAUCACAUGACACACGACCUGUGGGUCUCUGCACAUUUUAUACACACACGCACACACACUCUUGCUUUUUUUAUUUUAGUUAAUUCUUUUAAGUGACUUUCAGAAGCACGUUUCAGUCGAUGCACAGCACAUUUCUAACUAAAUCCACCACAAAAUAGUGUUGGUUUAUAAAUACAUUCCAUUUUUUCAGCACAAAGUUUACACGUUUUUUUUACCGGGGUGGUAUUUUGUCUGUUGUACACGUUGUGGAGACAACCCUGGUAAAAUAACAACCACUUCACCCCCAAAGAAGGGUUCCCUAAAGCUGCGUACCUGAUGGCGCUGAAGAGUAGUCAACUCAGGGGCUUUUUUUGUGUGUGAAAACGAGACACUCACACAGGAUUACGACACAAAAUGCACAGUUAUCACCAUUUGACCUUUUCGGUUUGGAUUUUUCUUUUUUUUUUUUUUUUUUUUCUCAAAAUGCAUAAAUAUUCCAAAAAAAAAAAAUGUGUAAAAAGAGGUACCAAAUUUGAAACAGUGCUCGAGGAAAGUGUUGUUUUUGUAAAGGAAACGUUAAGCACAAUUGUGGGAGCUAAUCACUUUUGCAGAAUGUUGUGUGUGUGAUUAUAAUAUCCAAAAUUUUCAAGGUACCACUGAUUUCACUUUUUAAUAUGGGCAUGUGCUUUUUACAGUGUGUUUUUUCUAUCCAAAUGCAAUACAAUAUUCAAAGUGCCAUAUAUACGUCUAUAGAAACUGCCUACACAUCCUUAUCAGGCCUUGGUUUAGAGAUUGCUGCAGUUCGCCUUUUUUGUCUAUUUAUGCCAGUGUCAUGAACGCUCUUUUCACCUGCUCAUGUCCCCACCCUUCUCCUCCCCCCACUCUGUGUGUUGAGUUAUUGGUAAAUGUGUAUUGUGAUGUACUCAAUUUGAACAGUUGGUUAAAACAAGUUGUAGAUAAACAAUAAACUUCCCUAUACAUUUGAAGGUUAAACCUCUUUCUUAGUGAGUGUGAACACGUGUACUGUAACACUUCGCAAUACAACUGGAGACCAGGAUGUGUCGGGGAAUUUAUUUUAAAAAUCAAUUUAAAAAAAAAAAAAAAAAAAAGAAGCUAAAACUCAAGUUGAAAAACAAAAAAACGACAUGGUUGCCAUGUUAGUGAAAUCUUUACAUGAUGUGUGUCAAACACUGAAAUGCAGAUCUGUGGUUGGUUUGCAGUGUAUGGUGAAGUGUUACUGUGAAUGAAUAUUUUUUUUUAAAAAAAAGCACAAUGUACAGUCCACAGCGGUCCGAACAGGAACUUGACUCACUUCAGGGGCUUCCAUCACAAAUCCCGUUCAAGCUCUAACAAUCACUUUCUCUGUUCUGUUGUUUUCAUAUUCUGAAGUGCUAUUUUUUGACAAGUGUGGUAGCUUUGCAUCUCUAUAGAUAUUGUCUUGAUCCAAAAGAAAAGAAGGAAAAAAAAAUCUUUUCCUGUGUUAUUUUCUUGUCUGAUAAUCGGUAGGACUUUGUUCAUGUUCCACCAAUAAUUUAAUAGAUGUUUUGUCUUGAUGAAAGCCAAAGUGGGUGCAUCUUGAUGUGAUCUGUAUUAUACAUACAGUAGUUUUUCUUUCUGUUGAGUCAAUAUCAAUUUUUUGAAACUGGGUGGGAUUUGAAAAAGAAAAAAAGAAAAAAAAAGACAUACACAGGCUUUCCAAUUUCUACAACUGGUUGUUCAUAUGUAUUUUGUACCAGUGAAGCUUUUUAUAUUGGAAAUUAAAGAAAAAAAAUCUAUAUUGGAAAAAAAUUGUCUGGCCUCUCAAUGUGGCCUCGCCUUGACCAGGUCUUGAGUUUGGCCUCUUGGUGGUGUCAAGCAAUUUUUUUUUUGUUUGUUUUUUUUGUCUCUAAAAGAUGCCUGAUUUUGAUUUUACUUGGAUCUCUACAUGUUCCUCACUUCGUUAAUUUCAGUUUCGGGGGGGUUGGGAUCCUCUAAAUCGUGGUAAGUUUCAUGUUAGUAUUUGUGCUGUCCACAUAGUUUAAUGGUCAUCAGGAUUUCGACAACUUGUGUGGAUAAUUGUCUUAGUUGAAGAGUUAACUAUCUGUUUAGUUUGAGCCUUGCUUUUUACCUGUGUAGAGUUUUCUGUUUUUUCCCAUAGCGGAGUGUGUAGCCGAAAGACUCUGUGUUCUUUUUUGGUCAAUGUUUGUUCAUGUGUGGUGUGUUUCUUUGCCUCUGUCUCCAAAUUAAACCAUUUCCCCUAA